CCGCGAGCCAAGGGGCCCCCGUGUGUGUGUGUCGCCUGCUUCGCCUCCUCCCUCUCAUCAACCCGCAUCUCUGGCUCCACGAUUGACUGCCAGCCGUAUGUACGUACGUACGCACUCCUUUUUGCAUGCCCCGAACCGUGUAUUUCUAAACCUGGAACUCCGAGACCGAGCCCAGUCCUGCUUACAAUUACACGCCCAAGACGCCUUCCUCGCCACAGCAUCCCAUCCCGUCCCAUCCCCAUUUGCCUCCUGCACAUCUUUCUCCCCUUCCUUUUCGUCACCUCAAUUAAUCCCUCUCGUAUCGUCUGCCCUCGGCUGCCUAUCACGCGCAGCCAAGCCUCCUGUUAGCCCAGCCAGCUCGAGUCCCGGCCCCUGGGUGGGUUUGCAGCAUCAGCGCAGCCGCUGAGAGUGGACGCCCGUGUCUGCGGGGUUGCGCCAGCGUCGGUACCAGCACCGCCAGACCUCUUUCAGCGCAACCCACAACGCCCACCGCCCGCCCGCCCGCCCGCCUGCUGGACCACACCUCACAUCCACCUCUCCAUCGCCUCCUCCGUCCAUUCACCACCACCUCCUCGGGCCGCUAUCAUUAGCAGCACCUCACACGCCCGACCAUUUCUCUCCUUCCCGAGCCGGACGUCGGCACGCCCAUCGCACACAGGAUCGGUGGUCUGGUCGGCGGUCUCUUUACUCUCACCUCCGUCUGGUCUUUCUGGGCCCGAUAGGCCUCCAAACUCCCGCGCUUGGGGACGCCGCACCUUGUCCAGCGAUUCCCCGCGGCCCCGGUCGCUGUCCACCCCGUGUCUCACCCUCACUCCGCGCUUGAGCACCCGCUUCGACUUGUGCUACGACGACAGCCAACUGCCUCCUCCAACCUUGUGCCACCAUUCCCGCCGGCACACUUCAUACACGACUGCAGCCUGCCCGACCCCCCGCGGCCGCCAGCAUGUCGUGGAGAAUCACCAAGAGUUCGUCCUGCCGUGCCCUCCUGUCUUGUCGAUAACUGCCCGUCAUUGCUGGUUGCCGACCCAGCGGCAAGCGGCGUCUGUCGUCCUCUUGUUACAAUGGAUAGCUGGCUGACAUGCUCACAGAGCUCAAGGACACCCAUUUAGGGCCCUUGAGCGCCUUUUCUCGAUCCCCUUCCACCUCGACCAUCACAGACAAGGACGAAAAGGCGCAACCCCAGACGACUCCGGGCGCCACCACACCCACCACCGAGAGCGCGAUUGCUGCUUCCGAAGCCAUGGUCCAGGCCCCCGUCAUUAAGCCUCCCAAGCCCGGCAUCCUGGUCGUGACGUUGCACGAGGGACAGGGGUUCUCUUUGCCCGAACAACAUAGGAAUGCGUUCGCCUCGUCCCACCAGGGCUCCCUCUCGUCGAGUAACGUCUCCGGCAUCGCGGGUUCCGUACGACCGUCUUCUUCCCAACGGGUCGGCUCCUUGAUCAAUGGCUCCAAUAGACCACAUUCUUCGGCCGGCGGCUUCUCGGGCAUUCCCACGAACCACGGUCGCAUCUCAGGCAAGUAUAUGCCGUAUGCCUUGCUCGAUUUCGACAAGGUGCAGGUGUUUGUCAACUCGGUAGAAGGGAACCCCGAGAACCCCCUAUGGGCAGGCGGCAACACCCAAUACAAGUUCGACGUUUCGAGGGUCACAGAGCUGGUCAUACACUUGUACAUGCGGAAUCCCAAUGCGCCACAAGGUGCCGGGCGGAGCCAAGACAUCUUCCUCGGCGUCGCCCGCAUCAACCCGCGGUUUGCAGAGCGGCAGCCAUAUGUGGAGGACCCCAAAGCUAGCAAGAAGGACCGGGAGAAGGCGGCGGCAGAGUACGCCGAGCGGCAAAGAACGGAGGGCCACAGUGGCGUCCAGUGGGUGGACGUGCAAUACGGUACGGGCAAGAUCAAGGUAGGGGUCGAGUACGUGGAGACACGCGUCGGCAAGCUCAAGAUUGAGGACUUUGAGCUGCUCAAGGUCGUCGGCAAGGGCAGCUUCGGCAAGGUCAUGCAGGUCAAGAAGAAAGACACCAACCGAAUCUACGCCCUCAAGACGAUCCGAAAGGCGCACAUCAUCUCUCGUUCCGAAGUGGCUCACACCCUGGCCGAGAGAUCAGUCCUUGCGCAGAUCAACAACCCGUUCAUUGUGCCGCUCAAGUUCAGCUUCCAAUCGGCAGAGAAGCUCUAUUUUGUGCUGGCAUUUGUCAACGGCGGCGAGCUCUUCCAUCACCUGCAGCAGGAGCACCGGUUCGACGUCAACCGAGCGAGGUUCUAUACGGCCGAGCUGCUGUGUGCGCUGGAGUGCCUGCAUGGCUUCAACGUCAUUUACCGGGAUCUCAAGCCGGAGAACAUCCUGGUCGAUUACCAAGGCCACAUCGCGCUGUGCGACUUUGGCCUCUGCAAGCUCGACAUGAAGGACGAGGACCGGACAAACACGUUUUGUGGCACGCCCGAGUACCUGGCACCCGAGCUGCUGAUGGGCAAGGGCUACAACAAGACGGUGGACUGGUGGACCCUGGGCGUGCUCCUGUACGAGAUGCUGACGGGCCUGCCGCCUUUCUACGACGAGAACACAAACGAGAUGUACCGUAAGAUUCUGUCGGAGCCGCUGCACUUCUCUGACGUGGUACCGCCGGCGGCCAAGGACCUCUUGACGAAGCUGCUCAACCGCAACCCGGACGAGCGCCUGGGGGCAAACGGGUCAGCCGAGAUCAAGGCACAUCCGUUUUUCCACGCCAUCGACUGGCGGAAGCUGCUGCAGCGCAAGUACGAGCCGGCUUUCAAGCCCACGGUGGUGGAUGCACUGGAUGUCGGGCAGUUCGAUAAGGAGUUUACAUCGGAGGCGCCGCAGGACUCUUACGUCGAGGGACCCAUGCUGUCCCAGACGGCGCAAGACCAAUUCGUGGGCUUCAGCUACAACCGGCCGAUUGCGGGUCUGGGCGAUGCAGGCGGGAGCGUCAAGGACCCAUCGUUUGUGGGAAGCAUGCAGGACCGCCGAUAAAUUUAGAGAAGCAAAGACGUAUGCAUGUAGACGAAGAACAGCCAAGUUGGGGGUAUUGCUAGGGUCGAGGGCCUCCGAGGAGCCGACCCUGGGGAGCAGAGGCGGCGACAGAGGCAUGCUCAAGAUUGGGACUCUGGGCCGCGGCAAGAACCCAUUCACAAGAGCGGCGGCAGGCUCAGGUGCGGACGCUGACAUACACAUGGAGUUUGGACGGGGACCGGAACGCCUUGGACUUGUUGGUUUCUCACACCUUGUAUGUAGGCCGGGUCGGAAAGCAAAGUGACGAUGCAUCAGUGC